CACUGCAGUCCACAGUGUGUAGCCAGGGCAGCGCUUGAGGCUCGCCAACCACUGCACUGCAGGCAAGACUGAGUGACGGACCUGUGUAACACGAGAACCGCGAGUUACGACGAUUUGCGGUGCAGAGAACGUCACGCCGCCCGCCUGCCCGGUUGGUGUCACCUGCAACUCAUCGCAUUUCAGUGACCCCAGACAGUAUAGGUCUUUGUCCUGUUCUCAGACCACGGCGAUAUUCCAGACUCUUUCCGAUACCAGAUCGAAAUCCGUUCAGUUGCAACCAAGUUGAACAACAAACCCGUCGCCGGCGCAUAAACCACCACCACCACCACUGGACCUCCGCCAUGCCCUCCCUCCCCGACACCAGCGGUGGCGGAAGCCGAAGCAGCCCGCUGCUCUGGCGCAUCCUGAAAAUCUUCCUUCGGCCCUUUCGCGGCCCCGUCGAUCGUGCCCGUCGUGCCUUUCGCGCUGCCGCAUACCCUAUCCAAGGCAUAUACUACUUUUUGCGCCAUCCCGAAUUUUAUCCCGUGUUCCUAGGCCGCCUACUCCCGCUGUCCAUCAUCUCGUUCCUGGUGUAUCUGAUCCUGUUUACCUUUGCCUUUGUUCCCCAGCUGCUGUUCUUGAUGAUCUUCCAGGGCAAGGCCGGGGCUUGGUUCAAUGCGAUAGUGCUCGUGCUGGGAGAGGGCCAUGUGGUGAUCCAGGCUCUGUUUGAGGGCUUCUUUGUCGACGAGGCCCAAGUGGAUAUCUUUGACGCAACGCUAAUAAACCACGGACUGACCGACCUCGUUGCGCCCCAUCGUCUGCUUUUCCCGGAUGCGCCCACGUCGGUCAAGAUGUUGGGCAAGCCCACCACCAAGGCCGAGUUCCAACCCUUCAGCCUGAAACAAAUCAUCGAGCUGAUCGUCUUUCUCCCGCUCAAUCUAAUCCCGUACGGCGGCACGGUUGCUUUUCUCAUGAUUACCGGUUCUCGGUACGGGAAGCUGUCGCACCACAGAUGGUUCCAGCUGCGAGGGUUGAGCAAGCAGGAGAUGAAGCGGGAACGCAGCUACUGGUCGUGGGAGUACACGUGGUUUGGAACCGUAGCGAUGGUCCUCCAGCUGAUACCCGUGCUGAGCUUCUUCUUCCUCUUGACUACCAGCGCUGGAGCUGCCUUGUGGGUAGCAGAACUGGAGCAGAGGUCGCGGGUCAGAGUUGGACGGCCCGUCACUGCCAGCGACCAGGCGACUCGAAACCAGCCAGACGAACCUGUCUACCAUGACGGUAUCUACCAUGACGAUCCGGUAUAGAUUAUGGACUGGCACAAAUAACAGACGUAUUGCUUUAUGCAUGUUUUAUUCCCCGGGCCAGCGAAUGCCUCGUUGUGCUUUUAGGUACCCAAAGUCUAUCACGAAAAGGCCACUCUAGUCUUGUCAUUCAUUGUUACAGCUACAUUAUGUACUCUUUCCCUACUGUCCGGCCUAACAUAGGUUUCCCACUCACUGCUGUCUUGCAAUAUACUUCUACUGAGGGUGUCACGCUCCAUUAUCUUCAACAAAUCAAUAUGACACCAACCUUGACACCUGGAAGAAAGAAAAGAAUAACCACUACAGUCAGUACUACUCGCCAGUGCUUUGCUACGCACAGAACUGAACCAACCCGUUU